AUGAUUCCCACCUGUCGUCAACGUCCCUGCUCCAUAACCUUCGAAUGCGGCGCUGCGAAACCAGUACCGCCUCGAAGAUUGACGAUGGCGUUAAUGCUCGUCAUCAGGUUAAUCAGGUUGUCGCUAAUCAACCAGAGUUUGCUGCUGCCUUUCAAAUGCGCUGUUGGCACUCCGAUGAAUCCUACUAAACGUUGUGCUGUUUGGUAA